AUGCUCGUCUCUUCAAACGGAAUAAAAGUUGGAGUCAUAGGCUUGGGCGAAAGGGAAUGGCUUGCUACUAUCAACUACCUCCCUCCGAAUCUCAUAUACAAGUCUGCGUCAGAAACAGCGAAAGAGCUGGUCCCCGCCCUCCGUGAACAAGGCGCAGACAUAGUCAUCGCCGUCACUCAUCAGAGAGAGCCAAACGAUAACAAACUCGCGGAAAAAAUCCCUCCUGGCUUGGUGGAUAUCAUUCUAGGCGGCCAUGAUCAUUAUUACAGUCACAGUUUUAUUAACUCUACGCACGUUUUGCGUUCCGGAACAGACUUCAAGCAGCUUAGCUACAUAGAAGCCUGGAGGAAACAGUCUGGUUCCGGCUGGGAUUUCAACAUCAUCCGGCGAGACAUCACACGCGAUCUUCCGAAACACCUCGAGACUGUUAAGCUUGUAGACAAGCUCACAUCAGCCCUCAAGGGGAAGCUUCAUAAGCCUAUCGGAUACACAGUUACCCCUCUAGAUGGUCGGUUCAUUACGGUCCGCACCCAAGAAUCGAACCUAGGAAAUUUCGUAUGUGACGUGAUGCGAUGUUAUCAUAAUACGGACUGUGCAAUCAUGGCUGCUGGGACCAUUCGAGGGGACCAAAUAUACCCUCCUGGGAUUCUCAGAGUGAAAGACAUCCUCAAUUGUUUUCCUUUCGAAGACCCUGUGGUAGUUCUCCGCAUUACGGGCAAGGCCCUUUGGCUGGCACUGGAGAAUGGCGUUAGCGAGCUGCCUGCUCUUGAAGGGCGGUUCCCCCAGGUAUCAAACAUUAAGUUUGCCUUUUCCAUGUCCAAACCACCUGGCUCCCGUAUCCUAUGGGUAAAAUUAAACAAUGAGGAUCUCCGAGAUGACGGAAUUUACACCGUAUCAACGAGAGGCUACAUGGCCAGGGGGAAGGAUGGAUUCGCCUCGCUCCUCACCAGGAGCGAGGGCGGCGAAGCAGAGGAGGUUGUGUCUGAAGAAGAUGGUCUCCUUCUCAGCACCAUGCUCCGGCAGUACUUCCUAAGUAAUAAGAUCAUAGGGAAAUGGAAUCGUCUCAGUCCUAGUCUGGACCGGCACUGGAUGGAUGUCCACAAGAAGCUGAAAUCAGAGGAGCUGACUCCUCCAGCCAGCAGCAGCACAUCUCCUCCAACUAAUAUUCUCCCUGAAACGAGCUUCCGUUAUAUAUCCAAGCCGGGAGCUACCCAAGGGGCCAGCCCAGUAAUGACGGCUGCGCCGGUCCAUCAGCAGCCUGGUGCUGCCACUCUGGGCCGAAUAGGGGCUGACACACCCCUGGACUCCGAGUCUGACUCCCAUUCAGAAUCCCUCUUCCGACCCCGUAAUUAUGUCACAUCCCAUGCCCUGUCUCCAGAUGAUGCCGAUCACAGAGAACUAGUUGCCCGAAGAGUUCUCCGAAAAUGGCGGAAAAAGCUGGGAGUUGAUCCAAACCGGGUUAAGACCGUUGAGAAAGGUGGCAAGGACCAUUUACCGCCAUGGACCCGGGCCAUAGCUCCAGUGGUAGAUGGUAGGAUCAUCCGUAUGAAUUGA